AUGGCGUCCUUCGUCCCCGAGCCACGGCUUUCCCCCCCGAGGGGGCUCUGGUCUCUGGGCCUCUACAGCCCUCCUGAGGCCAGUCUGGGGGGGCCCCCGUGGACCCACAGGGACCCCUACCACUGCUUCUCCUGCCCAGACCCGGGCCCCGUCUAUGGGGAACCAGGACCCCCCCCAGCCCUGGUGGCCCUGCUCCCCCCCCUCUUCGGGGGCCCCUGGGCCUCCCUCCAGCGCCCGGUCCGCCCCCCGUACUCCUACUCCGCCCUCAUCGCCAUGGCGAUCCAGAGCGCUCCGGGCGGCCGGCUGACGCUCAGCCAGAUCUACGACUCCGUGGCCGACCGCUUCCCGUUCUACGGCUGGCAGAACGCCGUCCGCCACAACCUGUCGCUCAACAGCUGCUUCCGGAAGGUUCUGCGGCCGCAGGGCGACCCGGGAAAAGGAAGCUACUGGACUCUGGACACAAACUGUGAGAAGAUGUUGGACAACGGAAACUUUCGCCGCAAGAGGAAGAGGAAGGCGGAGAGCAUGCCCACUGUGAAGACACCUUCCUCCUCCUCCUCAUCAGGGCUCAGCCCUAAACUUCCCAGCAUGCACAGCGGCAUGGGUGGCAGCAGUGAGUUCCCGGAGCUCUCAGACGGAGCCCUUGGCGGCUUCCUGCCUCCUCCUCCUCCUCCUCCUCCUCCUCCUCACGCCGGCUCCCCCUCACCGUUCAUGCAGGUACCGGACCUCUCCUCCCCGCCUCCUCCUCUGGGGUUCUCCUCCCGCCCCGGCUCCGGGGGGCCCCGGUGGGACCCCAGCAGCUCCUCGCUCUACGUGGACCUGCAGACGGAGUCCUGCUUCCUGCCGGACCUGCAGGAGGCCCAGCAGCUGGAGGCCCAGUGCGGCUUCUACGGGGGGGCGCUCCUCUGAGGAGGAGGAGGAGGAGGAGGAGGAAACGGAUGUGAGAGUAUUUAUGUACUUUGUUUGUAUUUAUCUUUUUUCUAAACUGACCAAAGUGGGUGAAUGUUUUUUACAGCGUGAAUAUGAAUUGAAUGUGUUUAAAAUAUUAAUAAAUAUUAAUAAAUAUUUUGUGUUUUCUUCUUCUCCAAACCGU